GCACCAAAAGUCCCCCAAAACCCGUAAACCCCACAGACCAAUCCCUUUAUAAGCCCCCCUCACCUCUCUCUCUUUUUUUCUCCGUGCCUUUUUUAAGUCCCAUCACAUUUUUUAUCUUUUGUCCUUCUUUCUAUCUUCCACUGCAUCAUCAUCAUCACCACCAUCAUCUUCAUCUUCUCCUUAACUUCUUCGCUUAUAUGGGUUUUGAUUUUCCUGUUCUGUUUCGAGAAUCAUUUUGUUCAUGGAAGAAAAUGAGAUUCUCAUCUGGGUAUUGAAUUUCAUUCCUGGGUUGGCUUUUAUUGAAACCAUGAAUUUUUGGGAAAAAACAUACUCCCAUUUAUCAUCCAUUUUCUCGAGUCCUCUGUUUUCAAGCAUUGUCACUCUCUACGCUCUGAUUCUCCUGUAUUUUCCGUACCAGUUCUUGAUCAGAAUUGUUUUCUCUCCCGUUCCGAUAAUAGCUACGGUUCUCUUGCUCAGUCUUCUUCGACUUGGUGCAAUUCAGAGAUACAAAGAUGAAAACCACAAAGAGAAAGAAGACGGGCUGUGCCAAACCGAACCUGUUGUUGAUGCCGGUGAAGGCGAUAUCGGAAACAGAGCAAUCAAGGAAAACAAUCAUACCGAAGCAGAGCAAAUUCCCGGUUUACCAUACGAAGAUCAGUACUGGGUCAUGUACCAAUCCGAAACGAACUCCGAAUCCGAAAUGGGUUACGAUCCAAACCCAUAUUUCGAGGACUCGUUCGUACAAUGGAACGUGAGGGCGCCAUUGGAGGUCAUCUACGAAGCCUACGAAGGUGAAGAAGAAGAUGAGGAUCAGAACGAAAAGGAAGAGAACCGAGUUUUGGGCUUAGAAAGAUACCCGUCUUUGUCUCUCUACUACCCGGAAUCUGAUUCGGAUAGCUCGUCGGACGGUGAUUUUCCGGCCACCGGAGUGUGGGACUCGCCGGAGAAUAUGUGUUUCAAGUGGGAAGAGGAAGACAGAGAAGGGUUGAUUGAGAUUGCUUUGGAUGCAAAUAAUAAUAAGAGGGUAAUGGAUUCUCACGUAGAGGAGGAGAAUCUGAUUGAGAUUGAUAUCCCAGCGAGAAACAAUGAAUUCGCCGGCGAGAAUAGUAGUCUUCCGGCAAGGUUAGGUUCGGUUAAUGUGGACUUGAAAUCGGAAUUUUGGAAUGAAUACGUGUGUGUGUAAUGGUUAAUCGUUGUAUUAGACCGAUGUUUUAAGUACAAUUAAUCACUAAAUCCAAAGGUUUAGAUGUUUGAUUUAGAAUGACUGAUUUACCCUUGGCUUGGGACGCAUUUUUCUGAUAAGAAGGAUGAGAGAAAUGGGUAAAAGAAAAAAAAAAAAAAAAUGUUGGAAAGACACAUGGAGGUGUUUGAUUUGGUGAGAAAAGGAAGCAAUAAGCAUUACGUUUUUGGUUUGAAGUGCAAUUUCCUUUUCUUUUCCUUUUUUCGUUUUUUUUGUGGGAAUUCACGGUUUUUGGGUCGAUAAAGAUUUGACACACAAAAGCAAGCAGAAGGAAUCUUACAUUGCAUCAAUAAACGGUGGUCAUUCCAAGAUCAA